AUGGUAUAUGUGGAUGAUAUAUCUUUAGCUGGAGAUAAUGGUCAAGUGAUAGCAGACCUGGAAGCCUUUUUAGAUCAGCAGUUCAGAAUCAAAGAUCGUAGUUCUGUCCACUAUUUUCUUGGUCUUGAGGUUUCUCUGGUAGAAGGUGGUUAUGUAGUCCAUCAACAUAAGUAUACAACUGACCUUCUAUCUGAAUUUCAUUGUCUGGAUGCUAAGCCUGUCACCACUCCUCUUGUUCCCCAGAACAAGCUUCAUAUUGACUCUAGUGAUCCUAUUUCUGAUCCUUCUACCUAUAGAAGGUUGAUUGGCAAGUUGAACUUCUUGCAGCACACCAAGCCUGACAUCUCCUUCUUUGUUCAACAUUUGAGUGAGUUCCUGGGUAUCUUACUUAGCAGCUCUUCUGAUUUCACUCUAAAGGCUUAUUCUGAUUCAGAUUGGGCUGCCUGCCCUAUUUCAAGGAGAUCUGUUACCGGAUAUUUUAUUCUUCUUGGUGAUUCUCAUGUUUCUUGGAAAUCCAAGAAGCAUCCUACUGUUUCGUUAAGCUCUGCUGAAGCUGAAUAUAGAGAAUUGAAACAUGUGGUUGCUGAGGUUUCUUGGCUGCUUAGGCUUCUUGCUAAUGUGGGUUUGUCUAUUACUUCUCUUGUUUCUGUUUUUUGUGAUAGUCAGGUUGCUGUGCAUAUUACUAGAAAUUCAGUUUUUCAUGAGCGCACCAAACACAUUGAAGUGGAUUGUCAUUAUGUUGGGGAUGUUCUUUCUUCUGGUGUGAUUUCUCUUCACCAUGUGCACACUUAUGCCCAACUAGCUGAUAUGCUUACGAAGGCCUUAACAGGUGUUCCUCAUCACAAACUUUUAUGCAAGCUUGGUUUUCACUCACCCUCAAGCUUUAGGGGGGUGGGGGUGGGGUGGUAG